AUGGCUCCAAUAGAAAGUCCGCGCUGUUCCGAUAUUUGGCCUAAAGGCGGCAAAAACUCACCUCAGCCGCCUUACGUUCGAAAACCCGGUUUUGACCCUUGCAAAAUCCUUGACCCUAAACGAAAAACCUUGCCAUCGUUCUACGCGGAGCGAAUUAUGACCGUUUUCCAAGAAGCAGUGAAGUGGAUGGAGAUAACAACGGCAUUGCCAUAUGUCCUGGAUUCCUUGCCUCGUUUUUCUGUUGUUUUGGGACAAGAGCUGGUGAAUCACUUGGAAAAGCACUUGCGAUUGCAAAAUGCAUUCAAGGAAAUCAUCUGUGAGCAGAACAGGCUUUUAGAAAAGGAAACACAGUCUGAUGUUUUCAGACGCACUGAGGAGAGUCAGUCAUGUGAUACGAAUGAAUCGGGAUUUCAAGUCUGCGCGGGAAACAAAAUACAAAAAGGGAAAUGUCUUGACAAACAGGGAGAGAUACUGGCACAAUCAAUAAGAGACUCUUUGAGGGAGAUGCUGCGUUAUUUUAAGAAAAAUCCGAAAUCGGUCGAAGCCAUCCUAGGUGAGUUUUACUUUCAAAGCAAAUUUAAAAUCACAAUUCACUGAAGAGAGAUUUAGUAUUCGCGGGAAAACAGGCUUACCUUUCUGGACAUUCGGUGAGUUCGGCGAGGGUGGUUUUAUUUUUUAAAUUUUGGCUUCUUUGGCGGUUAAUGCUUAAUUAACGACUAAAUUUAAAUUUAAAUACUGGAAAAAAUCAUUUCAAUCAAUUUUUGCUCAUUUUUUCUAUUUAAAACGUCACAAAAAUAUAACAAUAAACGCAAAAUGCAGCAUAUAGCGAAAUGUAACAACCGUGUUUAGCGCGUAUACAAUACUACUACUAAUAUUAAUCUUUACAGAGGAAAGUCCCGUCAAUGAGACGAUUACAAACCAAAAAACUCUAUACAACUAACAACUUCUUGAUGUUGCGCUUGCCACUUUUACAUUGCCUAGGUUUCUGGAGAGCUACACCUAUCAUGCGUUCUUGUUCUUUUAUCCUAAUUACGUCUCGGGUUAGGAAUGUUGGCUAAAUAGCUAUUUAAAGUGUAAUAUCCGUGUAAGUCUCUAAAGUUUAUCUUAAAGGCUCAAGGUGUUCUGGAAUGCAUAUCAUUUUAUGGUUGGAAGGGGAAAAGGAUGGUAUUAUCAUCAAAUUUCUAAAUGAAUAGAAAAAAUUUCGCGAUCAUGUUUAAACACUCAUAAAAAAAACGAAGUGUCGCUUGCUUGCAAGCUGACCCUUUCUAGGGUCAGUUCCAGUAGGCGAUCGGCCAUUACUUAGUGGGACCCAAGUAGAAUUAAGUAACUUGUUCGAAGUUGUCUGGUAUUAGAGGCCUUUAGAUUCUAAGACGGGGACUAUUACGAUUGCGAGAUUUUCUCAAUACUGUAAGCAACGGGCGCGCGUGAACCAGCGUCAUUUUGUUGGGAAAACUUGAUAAGCUUUUCGGGGUUUCUUGUUUUUGAGACGACGCAAAAAAACCUUAAGUUAAAUCUCGUCAUCUCAGUCGUUCUCGUCCUGGAAUGUUUAAGGUGUCCAAUAAGAAAUGACAACGCAAAGGCAAAUGAGAACGCGAGACUGAACGCGACCUCCAGUGCUUUAUCUACCACUCUGUCAUCAAUGAAGCUCGCUUUCACAUCUCCACCAAAAUCGCGGUCACCUUGCCCAAAGUAAAUAUUUGAAGCGAGAAGCGAACCGGCAGCGGAAAUAUAUAAAUCAUACCUCUUUGUUUUCCUUGCAUAACAUAUUUGUCCUUUGGUACUGAAUUUGUGAGGGUAACCAACCGCAAACGACAGUCACUGCAACCGUGUAAAUUCUUAACCGACAGCAACGCGCGCUGGACUAUCGAUCGAAUUUUUAUAUUUACAUUGUUUUCACCGGGCAAGGACAUCAGAAGAUUAUAAACAAUUAUUGGAUGAGGUUUUUGUGAUAUCCAGAAUAAUCAAGGUUGAGGUAAGUGUUAUCAGCCGAAGCCGAAGGCUGAGGCUGAUAACACUAACCGAGACCUUGAUUAUUCCGGAUAUCACAAAAACCGAAUCUAAUAAUUGUUUUAUUAUACUUUAUCUUCAAGUAAUUUCUCAAUUUCUUGCUGGGUCGAUGAAGCGAAUCGAGAAGCCAUUCUUACUUCGCUGUCCGCGAACUUGACAUUGCUGUCCGCGCACUUAACAUUGCUCUUGGAAAUCAUGCAUUGCGCGCGCAACCUACAGAUUAUUCACAAAUCUGUAGGUAAAGAUUAGUGAAUAAUCUGUAGGUUGCGCUGUUUCCCGGAAUUACCUGUAGGCUUUUAGCCAAUGAGAAGACAGAUGGCGACUACAAUGUAUAAUAAAAUGAUGCUGGUAAAAAUCUGGAGAAAGUGUUAAAUUCAUAGGAAGUAAGUCUAUUUAAGAGAUCUAUAUAAAUAUGAGCUUAUACAUUCAAUUAACAUACCUGAUUAAACAGAUUCAAACUUCAUAACAUUUCAUUUUUUUUUUAUUACGAUCA